AUGGAUGAGCAAGGUAUUCGGCGGACAAGAUCUGUGUCCAAAAAGGGUGGCUCCUUUCACAUUUGGACCGCUGAUGACUUUAUUUCUGAGCAACAAGUGUCAGCGAAACGGAGGGCUUGGCAUUCAACCGCUUGCCAAAGAUGCCGGUACCGCAAGGCCAAAUGCAUUGUGAGCACGGCUUCAUCGCAACUGCCCACCACGUUACCUCGACCGCCUUGCCAACUAUGUCAGCGAAUGAAUGUUGAGUGUGUGUGGGACACAACUGAUAAACGGAGGCGGAAGCGUAACCAAGCUCUGCCUAAAGAAAGCACCGCUGCCCAAGUCCAACGCGUGGCGGGUGACGAGGAAGCGUACCACAACAGGGAUCAGGUUGUCACAUCCGAAAAAGCUUCUUCUCAGCUACACAUUCAUGAUCAAAAUGAGACGGUCGACGAAAGAGACACCUCGGAUGCUCGCUCAAAUGAAACCCAGCACGACAAUCACCCCGGCCCUCAACCCAACAUGGGUGAGUCGGCGGACGUGUCGUGGUGGGAUGAUGGGAGCCUCGAUCUUGGGAGUAUCUGCAUCCCUCAAGAUUUUGUGGAAAACGCGAAUUCUGAGUACAGCUUUGAGUUGCCGCGCAACUGGCCCUCGGAUGUUCAGGAUUUCACGCUAGGGCUAGAUUUUAUCGAACAAUCUCUUGUUGGGCGCUCCCCGGAUCCAGUUCAGCAAAGUUUUGAAGCUCAAGCCAUGGGCGGGGACAACUCGGUCGCCAAGUCUCGAAUACUCCGUUUGCGCUGCUACAGACGACUAGGGCCUACCGCAGCGGCGCCUGGUGUACGGAGGCUCUUUGUAGCAGUUCAGCCAUAUCCAACUCUGCCAGCAGGCCAAGGGAGAGAUGACUCAAAAACAGAAUCGUCCCCCAGUGGCCUUUCUAUAUCUACACCACGAUCUACCUUGUCGGUCUAUAGUGAUCUCUUUGAUUCACAAGCCCAGAGACCGCAUUCGCUGAUUCUUCCCAUCAUUCUCGACGUCUUCUUCGAUCACUUUGGUGGGCAUUUCCCAUUCCUUCAAAGGCGUGUUCUCAAUUAUCACGUGCAAACAGGAGAAGCCUCCAGCUUUUUGCUAAAUGCAAUCUCGGCUUUGACGGCACGCUUCUGUCCCUUAGAUGGCCCAUUGGCAAUUCUCAAGGAUAGAUUUAAGAGCAAAUGGCGACAAGGAGCCCCAUUCUUAGAAAAAGCAAAGGAUCAACUGGCUUCGCUUCUUAGCAUUCCAGCCUCCGAUGUUGUGGCUGGAUUGGUCAUUAUGGCUUGGGUUGAGUUUGGGGACAAUAACGAAGCAGGAAUGUGGAUGUAUUCGGGAAUGGCAAUAAGAAUGGCGCAAGAUCUUGGUUAUCAUCGUCGACUUGAGGCAGUCGCUGACCCCGGGCAAGUGUUUCGCGACUUUUCGAACACAACGGGCGAUCUCAACCUAACAGAUGACCAGGCAGCACUUCACCAACACAAGGCUCAACUAGUCUUGUUCUGGACUGCAUUCAGCCUGGAUGUCUAUGUAUCACUUGUCACCGGCCGGCCCACCACUCUUCAGAGAAAUGAAAUCGACGCUCCGAUUCCAGCAGCAGAAGAUAUGAAUGUGACACAACUUGAAUGGAGCAACUCGGACCCAAUGAGGAACAGGGUAUUCCCCGAGGUUGUCGCAUUCAUGCUGCAUUUCUCAGAAUCCCUUAAAAUAUUGAACCGAAUGACGACCAUGAGCACUGCGAGUUUAGACGGCGACGAAAAUCUUCCCUAUUCCUCAUCAAAAGAAUUCUCUCAAGCUAGAUCGAAUCUUUUAGGACGUUACAAAUCGCUCCCUCGUCAGCUCACCUUUGGGGUAGAUACAUAUAAGAGGUCAUUAGCCAGCAACCAAAGUGGUCUUUUCAUCACUCUCCAUCUUUUCUUUUACACUUUCAUCAUAUUGCUGUCACGCAAAGACCCGUGUAGCACUAGACGGAGAUUACAUAAUCCUUCUGAUGAGUCGUUUCAGCCAUCCUGGAACCAGGACCAAGGGGAUACGGUUGCGUUGCAUGGAACCCAACUUGAGGAGCAGCAAAAUCUGGAGAUAUCCAGAAUGGCUUGCCAAAAGAUGGCACAUAUUUUGACAGUCGCAGACGUCGUCCAGAAAACUGGUUACUUGGCAUCGCCUUUCACGAACCAUUGCUUCUUUGUCGCAGCAUCAUCGAUUUUGCAUGAUGAAGCAAAGCUAGGCCAGGGGGGGUUCCGAGAUACUUUUAUGUCAUCAACUACAGAGAAUGACUUUGAUAUGUUUAGAGACAAGCUGAGGGAGCAGAGUGAGUAUUUCCGAGCUAUUGGCUCCGUGCUCUGUACCCUGAUGCAGCAGAAGAAUGUCUCGGCAGGUGAAGAGGAUGGUGGGCAGUCAACCGGUGACGAGGAUGGUGAUAACAGUUUGGGGAGGGUUGUCGAGGAUCCUGGAAUUGUGACACGGUACUCCAUACGAUGA